AUGCGAUUUUGAAUCUGAGCAAGCAAUUAAGAGAUACAGAACCUAAUAUUCUUCCCCUCGAAAGAAAUAUACAAAAUGGCCAUCAAACCAAUUACUGGAAUGCUCCGAAGAGGGCUCGUCCUUGACCUUAGCGUCGCUUUCGGUCUCGGAACCACAUUCGGAUAUGCCUUCUGGUACGGAUACCACGUCCCAGCCGUCCGCAAGCGCGAUGCAUUCUACGCCAAGUUGGAGGAUCAGAGAGCUGCCAAUGCUGCUGCAUGAGGAAUGAGGAUAGACAAAAGGACAUAGAUUGGACUAGGUGUCUCGGUAUGGUGGAUGGUUGAAACAGGCAGAGGUGGAGGGAAGGAUAUUGCAUGCUGGGAGGCUGGAAUGGGUAGGCAAGCUGUACAUUACCAAUAUCGAUGAUGCUUUGGCAAUGCAUGCAUUUUAUUCUCUUCGGAACUGUGAGAAAUCCUUUUGGGAGAAGCAUGUGUCUAUUUGGAGAAGCCAUGUGAUGGGCGGAUGAGGCCUUGGGUAUCUUGCAACGAAAAGCAGAAUGGGGUGCAGUGGUUUUCAUGAGAAAUGCAUUGGAUAUUCGUGGCCUAUUUGUUUGCUUGGAUUCUUUGAGAGUAGGAAAAUGCGCUUGAAAUAUACACUGUAUCGAAAUUGGGGUACUGGGUGGUAAAGCCGUACCGCGCUCUUUUGAUUGAUUGCUUCAUUCAAGCAAAGCAAAGGUUUGAUAUUCUUGCCAUUCCCAUAAUAUGUCGGACAACAUUUAAUACUACUACACAUACAGCACAUAAAAAGCCCUCCCAACUCAAGGCUCUCUCCAUGUUCAAAUUGAUGAUACGCAUUGCGCAUGAGCAUGGCAUCCCAUCACGUGUACUAUGCUCCAUCUUAACGACCAUUGUAGAGCUUAAGGCAAAGCAAAUCCACGCUUCACCGGCAUUCCCAAUGCAGAUUUAUCUUCUCCCUCUAUCCCAACUUCCACACAAC